AAAGGUCUCAUAGUUAGGCAAUCCGGCAGGUUUCUUGGCAGCUAAGCAUCACUACUAACCCAAAGAAGGAUAGGAAUUAGGAAAGUAUGAUUGAUUAAUUACUUGAUUAGCAAGGCGGUAAUUAAGACAGUUCGUUAUAAUACAAAUCCUUCCCCUACAUGGUUUCGUAUUAUUACCACUAUAUAAGAAGCCUUUUUCUAUUCUCUAAACACCAAAUACCAGCACACAUCUUAAUUCUCUUUCUUUCUUCGAAAAUCUCCCACAAAAUUCCAGUAGAUUUAAUUCCCAAAAACCAAGUACGUAAAAAUGCAGAAGAUUAUCAUCUUUCUUGUGUUGUUCUUUCUCACAAGUAACAAUUUCAUCAUCCAAACAGAAGCUCAGUUAUUUCGAUAUAUUCCUGGGUUUCAACGUGUUCUUCCACAUACUGGAAGACAAUAUCAUCGUCUUCCCGUUGGACACAACGCUUUCGGACCGGAGUCUGUCGCGUUCGAUUGUGACGGUGAAGGUCCGUACGUCGGAGUUUCAGAUGGCCGGAUAUUAAAGUGGCAAGGCUCUUCAGUUGGUUGGACUGUUUUCGCAAUAACACAUCCGCAUAGGUCAGAUGCGUGUGACGGGUUGAACGACUCUCCUGCAGAAGACAAUUGUGGCAGACCUCUUGGUUUGAGAUUUGACACCAAAACAUGCAACUUAUACAUUGCUGAUUCCAGUGUUGGUUUGGUUAAGGUUGGCCGUAAGGGUGGUGUCGCCACCUCACUUUCCACCCGCGCGGAAGGGAUUCCAUUUCGCUUCCUUAAUGCAUUGGACAUUGAUUCACACUCCGGUGAUGUUUAUUUCACCGAUUCUAGUUCUCGUUUUCCUCGAUGGGAAUUUAUGUCAAUUGAUGUGAAUGAUCGAACUGGAAGACUAUUAAAGUAUAACCGAAAGACAAAACACACUACUGUUCUUCUCAAAGGUCUUUCAUUUGCAAACGGUGUCGCAUUGAGCAAGAACAAGGACUUCAUUCUUGUUGCAGAAACAACAUUCUAUCGAAUUCAGAAGUACUGGCUUACUGGUCCUAAAGCCGGAACCGUCGAACUAUUUCUCCAACUUGCCGGCCGACCAGAUAAUAUCAACCGGAAUUCAAACGGAGAGUUUUGGAUAUCGCAGAAUCCGGCAAAGCCUAUCAGAGUUAGCAAAGACGGAGUGAUUCUAGAAACAUUAGAUGCUCGUUCUAUUGUUGAUGCCAGUGAUGUUACGGAAUUCCACAAUAAUUUGUGGAUAGGUUCGGUUAUUCAAGGUUACAUUAUCCACACUAGUUAGAUUUUAUUUUCUUGUAAGUUGAACUCUGUUUGUUUGUACUAAAUAGUGAAAGUGGAGCUUAAUUCUUGACUUGGAAGGUAUAGUUCCUUUUGAAAUUAUAAAAAGUUCUCCUUAGGGGGGGACACCUCCAAA